CAGGGAAGUUUGAUACUUUACAAAAUGGCGACUUCGACAGUUGUGAAGGUGGAAUCUCUUAAAGACAACUUUGAUGAUUUAUUAACGUGCACUAUAUGUCUUGAGACCUUCAAAGACCCCAAGUAUUUACCCUGUCUUCAUACAUUCUGCGAGGCAUGUAUUCACACUUAUAUCAAUUCGACUAACAAGGAGGAGAAACCAAUAGGUUUCAAAUGUCCUGUAUGUAGACGCCUUGUUUCAAUUGUUGACAAUGCAGAAAACUCAGAAACAUGGGCAAAACAAUUACCAUUGAACCAUUUGAUUAUGUCAAUGAUAGAUAGAAAAGCAAUGAAAACAUCAGAGAAGCUUUGUGAUGCUUGCAGUUUCAGAAAUUUAUCUCAGAAUGCCGUGUCCUUUUGUACGGUUUGUGAGGAGGCAUAUUGUGAAAACUGUGAGUUUCAUCACAAAGCAUACAAAAUAACGCGAAACCAUAGAAUCGUUCCUAUUAAAGAUAUAAAUACUGAUAAUAAUGCCUUAAAUUUGUUUGGAGCUAUCACAUGUGACGAACAUCCAGACGAGAGACUAAAAAUAUACUGCAAAGACCAUACAAAACCAUGUUGUACUAUUUGCGCCACUGUCCAUCAUAGAAAGUGCACAGAGGUCGUUACCAUAGAUAAAGCUGUAUCUGGCGUUAAAGAAUCUACAAUGGCACGUGAUCUUAUGAAUAAGUUGAAAAAUUUGAGCGAUAAGUCAUGCAAAGUUAUUGAAAAUCGCAAACAGAACAUAGCAACAUUUGAAAACGAAAUAGAAGCUAUUCAGAAAGAAAUAGGUAACUUACGGGAAAAAUUCAAUAGACAUUUAGAUAAAAUCGAACAACAAUUAAAAGACGAAGUGAGAAACACACAGAAAUCUAAUAUUCUAAAAUUGAAUGAUGAAAUAACAGUACUAUCAGCACUGAAUAGCACAUUUAACAACUGGAAGAAUAUUUUUGAGGCGUGUUUAUUUCAAGGAUCUGAAUUGCAAUGUUUGGUUACAAUGGAAGACAUAUUAAGUAAACUACCGCAGUUAGAGGAGGAUAUGUCACAAGAAGUUAGUAAAAUAAGACAAAUAUCAGUAAAAAUAGAAGCUAGAAAUAAUAUUGAAAAAGUAGACACUCUUGGAAGUUUGAUUCUGAAAGAACAAAGAGCUACCAUCCCCGGGAUAAAAACCACAGAUCUACACAAAGGAAAAAUAAAAGUUAUAUUUACAAUUAAUAUCAGCGGAGGGAAUAUAAGUGGAAUAUUCUUUAAUGAUGAUAUAAUCAUAACAGAUUAUAAUAGUAAGAAGAUAGUUAGCCAUAGUCCCAACGGACAAAAGAAGAAAGAACUAGAUCUUGUUUAUAGACCAACUGACAUUACUAAAGUAAAUGAAGAAAAUGUUGCGGUGUCAUCAUACCCACACACGAUCUUUGAAAUCAAUGUUGAAACAAUGACAUUAUUGAAAACACUGACCGUUGGUGUUAGUGUGUGGGGAUUGUGUUUUACUGGAGAUGAAUAUAUUACCGCUCAAGGUAACACUAUUUCUUGGUUGAACUCUGAAACCGGUGCAAAACUUAGAUGUUGUAAUACGAAUGCAAAUACACCAUUUGUUACUUGUUACAAGUCAACUAAGUACAUCUAUGCGAAUGGCAAUAAUUCUAUUAGACAGGAAUCGACCACUGAAAAAAGUUUCGAUUACAAAAGUGAAACUUUAAAAGUUCCGUUUAGUCAGGCUAUUGACUAUGAUGGAAAUGUUUAUGCUGUUGGGCAUCAAUCCAAAAACAUUCAUCAGCUAACCUCUGCUGGAGAGCUCGUCAGAAUCAUCCCUUUAUCCGAUAUAUGCAGUACAAUGAAUGACCAACUGUGGGUAAUGCGAUUUAAAAAUGAUAGUAACAGGUUUUUGUUAACAUUUCACGGUCCUGGAAAUGUACGUGUAUGCGAAAUUGAAUAG